CGGGGAGGGCACCGGAAGUAAAGGGCAGACAAUCCUUGUCCCUCUUCCUUUUCCACCAAUCAGAACUCACUUUCCCCAUCUGCCAUCUUUUCCCCCUCUAUCCUCACCCGAGCAUCUUCACCUCUGCAACUAGAAGGACCUUCACCAAAUCUUCACAUAUCGAGUUUAAAAACUCCACCAUCGUACUCCCCUCGUCUCCACGAACCCAACCAUACAACCAGAUCGUGAAACGGACGAGUUUUGACUCGUCAACUCGGAAGGUCCGACUCGGACAAGUUUAUUCCGACAUGAUCCCGGCCGAGUCACGACGUUUUGAAGGUUGUAGGAGCUUCCUUACAACUCCCCAAGGCUCAUAGGACAAGUUUGAAGAAGAAACAACCUCGAAAACACACUGUUUCGAGGAGUGAAGUUUUGGUUGCCUGUAACCAUUUACUUGUUUGCCUACGUAUAUUUUCUUGUUCAUUCAGAACUCUAUGAAAUAGAAAUACUUUGAAACUUAAAGUCUAUAAGUUGUUUUCCUUGUGCGCGCGACCGAUAUUGCUGAGGCAGUGGUUUGUGGUUGCAAAGCUUGGAGACUUAAUCAUUCAAGAAUCGAAGUUCUUGCAUGGAGUCAGCUAUCAAGUUGAGGCUGCACAAAUUGAGCUACAAUUAGUGCAGGGUUUUCUGAAAGAUGCACAUGUAAGGCAAGGAGAUGAUGAAACGGUACAUAUUCUGGUCGCGAAAAUUAGAAAUGCUGCUUAUGAUUUGGAGGAUGUCAUAGAAAUUUUUGUCCUCCAAGUGGCCUCGAAGAGGGAAGGAGGUAUUAAGAACGUUCUGAAAAGGUUUGGUUGUGUGCUGAAGGAAGGAGUUGAUCUUCACAAAAUUGGCUCAGAAAUUGAGAAAAUUACCACCCAGAUUUCCAAUUUCAGGUCAAGCUUGCAAAUGCAUAACAUCAUGGAAAUAAGGGACUCUAGAGGAGCCACUUCUUUGUAUGAGAGGCAGCAACAACUAAGAAGAAGCUAUUCUCAUAUUAUUGAUGGUGAUGUUGUCGGGUUAGAAGCUGACAUACGAAAAUUGGUUAUGCAUUUGGUGAAGAAAGAGCCCAGACACCAAGUUGUUUCUAUCUGGGGAAUGGGGGGGUUUGGGUGGGGAAUGGGGGGGUUUGGGAAAGACAACUCUUGCAAAACAGAUUUAUCGCCACAAUGAAGUUAGACGCCAUUUUGGCAGCUUUGUUUGGGUAUGUAUCUCUCAACAAUGUUUGGGAAGAACUUUUAAUUAAACUUCUUUCUGCUACCACCGUGCAAAGAGAAGAAAUUGCAAAAAUGAAAGAUGAUGAAAUAGCCAAGAGAAUUUAUCUUCUACAGCAAGAACAUAGAUGUUUGGUUGUCAUCGAUGAUAUUUGGAGCAUCGAGACAUGGGAGUCUUUGAAAGCUGCAUUUCCAUUAAAUCAGAGAACAGAAUCUUCGGAAGAGAAGAAAUAACCUCGGAAGUUUUCGGAAGGAUGAAAGAAAUAGGAAAGAAGAUGCUUCAACAUUGUGCCGGGUUGCCAUCAGCUGUCAUUGUGAUUGCAGGACUCCUUGCUAGAAAGGAUACAAUUGAAGAGUGGGAUACAGUGCUUAACAAUGUUUAUGCAUACAUAAGAAGAGGCAAAGGCCAUGAACAAGAAUGCAUGAGUACAUUGUGGGUGUUGUCAUUGAGUUAUGAUAACUUACCCUAUCACUUAAAAUCAUGCUUUUUGUAUUUAGGCAUUUUCCCGGAAGAUUUUGAGAUACCAGUGAAAAGAUUGACUCCACUGUGGAUGGCAGAAGUUUUUAUAUCUAUGCCACUACAACAAACACAAGGUUUAGUAGAAACAAUGGAGGACAUAGCAUACAACUACUUAAAUGAACUGGUGGACAGGUGUGUGGUUCAAAUUGGGGAACAGGGUUCUGUUAGAAAGAUCAAGUCUUGUCGUCUUCACGAUCUUAUGCGGGACUUGUGUUUGAUAAAGUCAGAAGAGGAGGGCUUUCUCCGAAAUGUCAAAUCACUGCACAGAAGUGAGACUAUGUAUUCUCCUCCUUCUCUGAUGAUAGCCAAGGCAAUACCAACGGGUAAGAUUCGAAGACUUGCCAUCUGCUUGGAUGAAAAUGUUGAUAAAUUAGUUCCAUCAAGUUAUGAAAGUUGAUAAAACGGUUGCCAUCUUCCCUGGGCAAUUUGAUACUUUUGCAAACUCUGAAUCUUCGCUUUCGUAAUAGGUCGGAUAUGUUACCAAAUGUAUUUUGGAAGAUGGUGCAACUGAGGCAUUUGUAAUUACACAUGUAUUACACCGCACGUGGUAAUAGACUACACCUAUCUACUCUUCACAAUUUGCAGACUUUAAAUUAUGUUUCGAGUCGCUGUUGUGAGUUGAAUGAUCUUGCUGGAUUAACCAGUCUCAGAAAACUGGCCAUACAAUUGGCAAGCCCCUUGAAAAAUUUGGAGGAAACCUUGAAAGGUAUAAGCAACACACUCAAUGGCAUUCGAUCUCUAUAUGUGCACAACUUACUUGGAACUGACAGUGGCACGGAGGUAACACAAAUAGUAUUCAGUUGUCGUCAUGUGUACAAGCUGAAAUUGAAUGGUCGAACAGUAGAGUUACCUGGAGACCUUCAGCACUUUCCAAACUUCACUAAGUUAUCUCUGUGCCGGUGUGAUCUCAACGACAACCAAAUGGCGGUACUAGCGAAGUUGCCAAAUUUGAAAAUCCUAUGCCUAAUGGAAGAAACUUUUGAGAGUUCAAUUUCGGACACACUGGUUUUCUCCAACGAAGGCUUUCGUCGUCUUGAAUGUCUUUCCCUUAUUUCUAUGUAUGAGUUAAAGGACUUGAAGGUGGAAAGAGGAGCCAUGCCGAGCCUCCGCCGAUUGUUCAUACAAGCUUGCUACAGAUUGACCGAAGUUCCAAACGGGCUGAGGUAUCUUACUACGCUCAGGGAGUUGAGCUUCGUAAGGAUGUCUACGACAUUUCGUAACAGGCUUCAGGUAGGAGGAGAGGAUUUCGAUAAAGUCCAACUCGUGCCUUCCGUUGUAUUUGCCAACAUGGUGGACAGUUCUGAAGUCGCGAAAUUCCAAUCACGACAGCGGAGAUCGCAUUCUGCCCAAGACUCUCCUGGUAUUUCAUUUUGCAAUCCAGUUUUUUCUUUUAUAAUACGUAUAAUUUUGAUCUAAUUCAUUCCAGGAAAAAACAAGAAAAAAUAGACGCUUUAGUUCGGUACUCAAGCAAGGUUAAUUGGCGCCUACAGUUUCAGAUUUGGUGCUUCUGGAUGCGCAACAUGGUGGUGCCAAAAUUGUUUGAAUGGAAGCUGCAUGACUUUACGUGUGAUUGUUUGCAACUGCCUACUUCGUUAAUGUUUAUGCCAUCUUCGAUCGGCUACAAAUUUUGUUCAAAUUUUUAGUUGGUAUCUGAUCUUCAAGUUCAAAAUUGGCUACUAAUUAGCGCUUAAUCUAGUGAUUUAUCAUUCGGUCUUUCCAGCAUUGUAACAAGUAGUGAGUUCAAAGUUUUUCCUCCUCCGUCCGUGGAGAAAGGAAAUUGACUGGAAUUUGUGGUGGUGGCUUCGAGGCUUCCAGUUCACGGUGGUGGUAUGAGAUUGAAAGGAGUGAUGGGAAGAAUGAAUUUGAGAUGUGGCCGGGUGAUCUGUGAUUGUCGUAGGUUCUUAACUUUUAUUAUAUCAAUGUAGAUUGUCUCACGAAAUAAUAAUAGAGCCUUUUCUAAACAUUUGUAAUUUGUAAUUUAAUUAGAAAAUACUUUGUUCGAAUAUAGGAGUUGCUAAGAAUAAAAUUCGAGAAAAAAAAAAAACCGAUUGUAUGUAAAACAAUAAAAUAUCUCAAGAAGUUAUGCAAGGGCAUCCGUACUAUUAUUCAGGUCGGCUAUGUCCAACCCAUUUGGGUAGAAGGACGGUUCUACAUACGAGUCCAUAAGGCAGAGCGACGGAGCACUCCAGGCCCAAGUAUUUAAAAAAUCCCAUCGCCCUUACCGCCGCCGUUGGAUUAUCAACCAAUGAUCCUGAUCCAACGGUGGACAUUGAGACAUGGAUGCUUAUCUAGAACUAGCAGAUCCCUUAUCCUACGCGCACUCUCUGAACCCUUUUCCCACUUCACUCUCAUGGCAGCUGAGCUACAGCCACCGGAAGCUCCAAUCACCGCCGGCCCGACAAUUCCAGCCACCACAACGACACAGCUGAUAAAUACAGAAACAUCCUUAACUGCCAUAACGGCAAUAGCAACCACAACGGCCGUACACGCCGCGGAGAACCACGGCCAAUUGGGCCCCAAACGGCAGCGACGCCCCAGCGUCCGAUUAGGCGAGAUCGGCGACCAGCCUGCCGCUACUGGCGCAUUUGAAUCACAUAUGCGACGAGCCAGGCCCGGCUGGAGGCUCCCCAAGGACUCCAAAUCGGUCAAGGCCCGGUCAAUCAUCAACCUCGUCAACGGCAACGAGUCCAACGAAAUGACGCCGCCCGAUGAGAGGAACCAAAAUGGCGACGGAGGGUUCGAGUUCGGGAGCCGGAGAGUCAAGGCGAAGCGAGCCACGGGGACCAAGAGGAUCCGAUCGAAUUGGGCUUCCAAUUCGAAGCUCGACGACGGCGAUAGCAGAGAGGAGGGAGGCGAGUGGUUCAGCGCGGAUCCCGAUCAGGAUAGUCCGGUGAGGGGCAGCACUCCGGUGAACUCGGGGGACGACGCGGGGGAGGAUAUGUGGGAUGGGCAGAGGAGGAUGGCAGGAAAUUGGGCUAGGGCGUCGGUGAGCAGGGAGAACGAUGCCGUUGAGGCGGAUAACAUGCCGGAGUCGAAUUGGAGUGGAGUGAGGUCGUGGCUGAUAGAAUUGGGGCUGAGCCGGUACACGCCGGUGUUCGAGAUACACGAGGUGGACGACGAGGUGCUGCCGAUGCUGACGUUGGAGGAUCUUAAGGAUAUGGGUAUUAACGCCGUCGGUUCACGGCGGAAAAUGUACGCCGCCAUCCAGAAGCUCCGGAAGGGGUUCUCGUGAGUCUGGCUUUCCUUGUUCUUUUUUCUUGUUUUUUUGGUUUAGUAGAAUAGUGUAAUCCUUUUGUUCUUACAAUAACAUAAUCACAAGAAUGAUAAUCAUAGUUUGUGUUGUAACAUUACCUAUUUGUUCAUCUUUUUCUACUUUAAUUGUUGUUUUCCCAUCAACGCAAUGGGAGUUUUCUGUAGUUUUUGAGCUAGAGUUUCGACUUAUAGUUUGUUGAUGUAACACUACCAUAUUUUGAUUCGAAUAAAGUUUAUGUUAAAUGAGUAGUUUGGAA